AUGAAACUAGCUUGGCAAGUUUUAUUUUGCGUGUUAUUGAUUAGUUAAGCUUCAUAAGGAUUUGAAUUUUUAGACUACACAGAAGAACAUAAUUUUAAUUGCUACUCAAACACAACAGAUGAAGAGCGCGCAUAAUAUUAUGACCAAGUGAUAUUGCAUGAAAUAGAUAGAUAUUUAUUUAUUGCAUUCUGUCCAUUAACUAUAAUGGCCACUAGUUUUAUUAUCUAUACCUUUAUCAAAUACCCAGGAACUAGAAAUUCUCCAGGUGAUCUUUUGUUGGGAACGUCUGUUUGUGAGCUACUACUAAAUUUUCAUUGGCUAAUGGCUAGUAUCUAUAGUUUAUCACACGAUGGUGAUAAUCCUGAUCCAAAUGGAUUAUUUUGCAGAUUAAAUUCAAUUUUUAGCAUCCCAUCGGGAAUACUUGACUUUGCCUACAAUUUUAUCCUUAAUAUCUAUAUUUCACUUACUUUAAAGAAUUCUUUGAAAGGGUAUUCCCCUAAAACAAGGUACUGGCAUAUUCUUAUGGUUUUCUCAGCAGCUGUCAUUAUUAUAAUAUUUGAAACAGUACCUAAUUAUGCAGGUAUUAGUGUGUUUGGAACAUGCUCAUACACUUCAAAUAAAUUAGUUUUUGUAACAGGACCUUUAAUAGGUAUUUUUUAUGCUUUAUUAGGAUAUUAUAUGUUUAGAUAGUUUCACAAAACCAUUCCAGAUACAAGACAAAAGUUUGCUAAUAAGAGAUAAGAGUUCUUGAUAUACUACGCAUAUGUUAAAGUUACAAGUUGUAUUUACUUAUUGUUAGGAAUUACAAAUCUAAUGAUUGGACUUAAUUGUUUCUUUUUACACAAUCCAGGUUUAAAUAUAUUUCUCACUAUCACUAAUUUUUUAAAGUUACUUUCUCCUGUAAUUUUAUCGUUAUUGAGAUAUAGAGAUCCUAUCUUAAAGUAAAGAGUACUCUUAGAGUUAAAAAAGUGCAAAAGAAGAUUCAAUAAGAAGCAACAUUGCAGUUCUAUAAAGAAGCAAUUAGUUGAACCUAUUAACAAUGAUGCAAGCUCUGAUUAAUAAAAUAAUUAAGUCAUUUAAAUUACUAAUCAAGCAGAAGUUAAAAAUGACCAAUCCAAAUCUUUUAUACAAGAGGAUUAAUUCAAAGAUAUGAGACAGUUCUUAAGAUAACUGCACCUUACAUCAAUGGUCAGUGGAAUUUUACAAGAAUUCUCUGAAGACAGAGACAAAGAAAGUAUUAAUCAAUUAAGUAAAGAUGACUUUGUUGAAAAAGAUGCUGAUAUAAUUAUUGAUAAUGAUUAGAAUAACUAAGAUUUAGAUGAAUAAUAUGAAAAACUUUCAAUAAAAAUGACUGUAUAUGCUAAAAAAGUUUUCUAGCUCCUAAGAUAAAAAUAUUCUAAUGGAUUAAAUUUUGUAGACUCCUUACAGCUAGAAGCAAACAAUCCUUUGAUUUAAAAAGCUUCAGGAGAGGGAAAAGGAGGAGCAAGUGGUGAAUUCUUUUUCUUUACUCAUGACAAUAACCUUCUAUUGAAAACUAUUAAUUAAAAUGAGUUAGAAGUCCUUUUAGAAAAGUUAGACAAAUUUGUAACUCAUUACGAAUAGAAAGAUGAUUCUUUAAUAACCAAAAUUUAUGGAAUAUUUACAUUCUAAUAAUAAGCUUCUUAUGAUAGACCUAAUCACAUUAUUGUAAUGAGAAAUCUACUAGCAAUAGACAAUAAAUACAUCCAUAGAAAAUAUGAUCUAAAAGGAAGUACAUACAAUAGAUAUGAAUCUAAUAAAAGAAAAGAUAAAAAUUUAAAUGAAAUAGUACUUAAAGACAUGGAUUUUCUAGAGUUUGAACAGUAUAUUAAGGCUACACACCAAAAAAAAUUAGAAAUUAGUUAAACUUUAGAAAUAGAUAGUAAUUACUUAGCAGGUUAAGGUUUUAUGGACUACAGUCUUUUAAUACUUAAAGUUGACUGGAAUUAAUACUUUUUAGAUCUUGAAGAAGUAUAAUAAAAUAAUCAAAAUAAUUAAAACAACCCACAAAAUUUUAAUGUAAAUAACCAACUUAAUCUUUAACAAAAUUAAAUACCAAAUCUCUACGAAAAAGUCAUCGAAAAGUUUGGAUCAAGUUAAUUCAUAUUUUAAUCAGAAGAAAAUCCCUCCUUCUUUUAUCAUGUUGGAAUCAUAGACUACCUGCAGUAGUGGACUAUUAAAAAAGGUUUAGAAAGAUUUUUCAAAAACUGCAUAAAUGGCAAAGACGUUAAUACCUCAUCAUAACCCCCAGGUUUUUACUCUGACAGAUUUAAGAGAUUUGUAAGAAAAAUAUUUGCAAAUAAUAGUUGA